AUGUCGAACCCGCUCGAAGAACGCUUCCGCAGGUCAUGGUUCGAACACCUCAGUCGCCUUCGAGAAGUCGAAGCCGCGUGCGCGCCGGAGAUCGAAGGCGAUCCGGCCCUCCGGUACAGCGUGCCCCGGAUCGUCUGCAUCGGUGAAGAGUCCUCUGGGAAAUCCUCCACGCUCGAGCGCGUGGCGAUGAUGAGCGUGUUUCCGAGCGACGAGAGACUGUGCACGCGGGUGCCGAUCGAGCUGCGGCUGAGGCAUCGCGAUCGGGAGAGUUUGGCAAAGGAGGAAGAGCGGUUUAGGGACGGGUACGUCGUCAUGAAAAUGGCGCCGGGCGAGGAUUCCAAGUUAAACGCGGACGUUUCCUCACAGAUGCAUCCCGAUGAAGUUCCGGCGCAAGUUCGCACGUGGAUGGAAGAGCUAGUCGCGGCGGCGAACGGCAAAGUGACGGGCGUGACGGAUGACCGGAUAAUCAUCGAGCUGUACUCUCCGCUGUGCGUCAACCUGGAUUUGAUCGAUUUACCUGGGAUCGUGGCUGGGAGCAUACCAGGGGAGCCUACGGACAUGAUGGACCGCACGAGAAAUCUAUCGGCAUCGUUCUUGAAUGAUAAGGCGCAUCCACAUACGUUUGUCAUCGCCGUCGCAUCGGCGCGCGAGGCGAGAAUUCGUAACUCGCAAGCGAUGGAAUUGGUGCAGCGUUACAAUAAAGUGCAAUUCACUAUUGGUGCUUUGACGAUGGCGGAUCUUUCAGCAGACAGUCGCCGUGAAUCACCAUAUACGAGACUGAUCGAACGUUUGAAUGCACAAGCGGACGAUACGCCGGAGCUCGGUCUUGGGUACGUGGCUCUCAAGAAUCGCGACACCGUUACGGCGACACGAGAAAACCAAUCGAGAGAAGAACUCGAGAAGGCCAACCAAGAUGAAAAAGAAUGGUUUGCUGAGCAUCUUUCCGGACAUACUGAACGCUGUGGCAUUGAAAGUCUCGUCGAUAGACUCGUGCAAAAAGUUGACGAGUACACCAGGGGGCCAUGGAUCGUAGCCGAGCGCGAGCGCAUCGAGACUGAGCUCGUGAAAGUGCGACAAGAAUUAAGCGACAUGGGCGAGUUCCUGCCGAACGAUUUGAAUGAACUUAUUUCUUACUUUUCCAGUGAGAUAGAGAAGCAGUGUAAACCUUCGUUUGAAACACUUCUUGAGUUUGUUCCAACGGUGACAUCCGGCAGCGCCGGACUGCAAGAUAUCUACGACGCCGCAAACUUUACGAUUUGGCAACACAGCGAUAUCCACUCGCUAAUGCCGUCAAUUUCUCCAACCACUUUAAAGACAUUCGACGGUCGAAUGUUCUACGGCGAACCCACCUUUACAAAAAGAUGGUCGCCGUUUGUGAAAAUCACGCACAAACAUCUUUUUGGGCAAGACACGCAGACACCUGAGACACCGUCCCAUGCCUCAUCAAAUGGCGUUUGGACAAUGCGGCGUGACGCUAUAAACACAAUUUCAGAUCACUUCAAUCAGACUUUUUGUAACGGUAGCCUGCUAUUCGUUGGCCGACGUUGCUCAUACGACGACGAUGGUUGCGGUGGUGACAAGUUGGUUGGAUUCUUUAUCACACAGGACAUGAUACAACAAAGAAGACACGAUAUUCAGACCAUGUUGGCGGCGUUGGGCAAGCGUGUGCCAACAGACAACCGUUCUCCUUGGACGAAGAGAGAGAACCAUGAGAGCGAUUCUCAGGAUUCGAAUUCUCAGUCACCAAAUAAUGUUGGAACAGGCACUGGUUUUGAUUUUGCUCCGAACCUUUUUACUCAGCGUGCAGAGCGCGGACCGUUUCGUCGCGCGCGACGUUCAACGCGCGGCGGUCUCGAACAAGAUGGGGAAGUAGUUGUUCUUUACCACCCUGCACGACCAGCUUUCAGAGCGAAGUUAGAGAUAUCUGAGGACCUGGAGAAAUAUUAUGAGAACGUCUUGCAUCUGCGCGAGUCUGUCGUUCGGAUUUUCCAGACGAAUGCUCGCGCCUUCUUUAAAUCAUCAAUCACGGACGUAUUGGACGUUCUGAAAGCAAAGGAUGCGCGAUUUUCUGUGUUUUUCGAAUCGCUCUCUGUGAUUCUUGAUGAUUGGUGCGAGGUGUGUGUUCGGAACGUAACCACUGAAUUUGCUGAGUGGCUUACGAGGACAGGAGCCGUAUCAGAGAAUCGUGAUGCGCAUUUUCAAAUCACCGCUUCGUAUUUUACUAACUCGAUAACACGCAAAAUGCGCGAAAUGAUAUUCUUUCAUUACGCUGAUUCAAGCAUUGCCAAAGUUUUCGAAUCAGGCGAGCUCAAUGAAAUCAUGCGGCGGCACUGCGACGAGCAUAACAUCGAUGUAGACGAUCUUUACGUUGAAAACUGUGUUGAACAGCGUAAGAAAGCGGUGAUGAAAAUGGAAAUGCUGACAACCAUGAAGAACAGCCUACAUCAAAUAUUUACGAGUGAAGUGGACGAACAAAGUAACGAACAACUUCCAAACACGCCAGAAGCAGAUGCGGCACCUGUCCCGACUCUCUCGCACUCUCUCAGUCGAACUUCGAUCUGAUACUUUUGUGGAACCCGUGGAGUAAAGAGUCGUAAC